AUGGGAAAAUUGACUCUUUUCGAAAUCCAGCUAGAAAAUCCUAAAGCUAAUUAUUAUAAAGGCGAUAUUAUAAAUGGCACCAUCAAAAUCCAAAUACAAGUUGCAAUGCCAGCAUUGGGUUUGAGUAUUCGCCUUCGUGGACGGGCUUCGGCUGCUUCUAGAAGUAAACAUGGUUGUAAUGUCGAUCACUACUUCCUUGAUGAAAAGCAAACUAUUUGGGGUGAUGCAUCUGAUCAAGUGUUUGAUAGCAGACAUUCAUUGCCUGCUGGCUAUCAUGAAUUUAAGUUUACAAAUCAAUUAAAUACCGAUGAUGACAUGCCGUCAUCGUUUGAUAGUAGACCUUACUGUAUCAUAUUUUAUGGAAUUGUUGCUCAAUUUGAGAGGCCUCCAUCUAAGAAUUACACUUGUGAAACAGGAUUUACAUAUAUUCAAACAGUGGAUGUACCUCGCCCCUUAUUACGAGAACAGCCAUCACAAUUGCGCCUCGAACAGCCUUUAAAUCGUUUUUUAUGCCAAUUUGGAACCGUUAAACUAAGUAUAAAAGCAGAUCGUUCUGGUUACCUUCCUGGCGAAACAAUGUUAUUAAAUAUUGAGUGUGAGAAUUCAAGUAAUGUAGUUCUAAAAGGGAUUCAAGUGGCACUAGUUCGUCGAGUUUUAGCUAGUGUAGAAGGUAGUCUCGAUCUCAAUGGGUUGAUAAACUGCAAUUUUUAUAAAUAUUACGAUACUAUUGUGGCACUUGAAUCUGAUCAGCCAGUCGAUCGAGGAAAGACUUUUAACUUAAAUGAUGAAUCGUUCGACAUUCCGCAUAUACCACCAGCAAUCAGUUACAGACGCAUUAUUAAAGCGGAGUACAGUGUUCAGGUUACUGUGCUUGUUCCAAAAGCGAAGAAUUUGAUAAUGCGGCUUCCAAUCACUAUUGGCUCUCUUACUACUUCUAGGCCAGAUAAUUUUCCGAGAGGGCACUCUAUUGACGAUGUCAAUCCUGUUAUUUUAGGUGAUACUCACGGUGGACUACGCAAGUCUGUUAUUUAUCCAAUCAUUUUCGUACUGAUUUAUUUUCAUACUGAUGAGAAUAUAAACUUGCAUUUACUAAGUGCUUAA